GCUAAUAUGACUUUCGCUGCAGACGGAACCAUAAUAUAAAGUCUGUGACUGAAGAUGGAAUAGAAGAGAGUCUCGCUGGGCGGCUUUUAUCAUUUAUCAGAGAAGAAUUAUAAUACUCUUAUAUAGCUUUAGACUCUGGUUUACACCUUUCCGUUGUUUUUAAAAUAUAAAUGUUUGUUGAAUUGUGAGUAGUCUACGUACGGUCAUGGUAGGAGAUAUAGUCCUUGUUUGGUCACACUUGUUCUGACAGUCAAAGAGGCGUCCCAUAAACUAUUAUAUGGAGCUCGCUUUCAUUUUAUGAUUAUUGAUUGGAAGGAUUAUCUUCAAAUACAUCUUAGGGCUGUUCUUGGUCACCAAGCCAGUGUCUUGUACAAACAAUAAGGACAGGACCAGGAGGGCUAAGCAAGAGAACAGAAGCGAGAGCAAAUUUAAGGAGAGAACAGUGUCCUCAGCUCUCUGAACACCUCCUACUAGCGCCUGGCCAAUAUCUGCUCCAGCGCAGUGUUUGGCGCCCUCUGGUGGACACAUGUGGCACAUCCAUCGCCGGUUCUUUGAGGCAGCUCUUUCCUAAAAGAUUGGGACUUGAGGCUGACGCCAUCAGAAUCAGGUUUUAUUGGCCAAAUGGAUACUGAAAAGCGGGAUAAACUCUCGGAGCUCGUGGAAGAGCUGACCACCUCUGGGGAACCGACUCUGAAUCCAGCGAAGAUGAAGGAAGUGAAGAAGAUAUGCAGGAUUUCCAACCACUACAUUGAGCACCUGUACCAUUUGAUCAUGACCCAGCUGGACCAGGAACACGCAGAGAUCAGGCUUUCGGCUUUUCACGUGGUUGCCGAGUUGUUCAGCCGCUCGCAUCACUUCCGUGUGCUUCUAGUGGACAACAUGCAAGAGUUUCUUGACCUCACUGUUGAGACGGACACGGAUCAGCCGCUGCCCCCGCCCAAGGAGGUGGCACAGAAGCUGAAGAGGCUGGCGAUCCACACCGUGCAGUCGUGGCACGCCACCUACGGGGAGGCCUACAAGAAGCUCGCUCUCGGAUACCACUUUCUCAAACAAGUGAAGAAGGUGGAUUUUCAGGAUGUCGAGGCUCGUACUCUUGCAGAGAGAAAGAGACAGGAGGAGAGACACAGAAGACUGCAGACGCUCUACAAAGAGAAGAUUGAGAAGGCCAAGGCAGAGAUGGAAGAAACCUGUGUAGACAUUGAGGAGAGCUUGACUGAGAUCCACAACUGUAUGAACCUCCUUCUACCGGACCCACUCAACUUCAAUAUGUGCAACCUGGAGCCUGGAGCCAGGUCUACUGGAGCUUCCUUAGAGCCUGGAGCAUCGACAUCCUUAGAGCCUGGAGCAUCGACAUCCUUAGAGUCUGGAGCAUCGACAUCCUUAGAGCCUGGAGCAUCGACAUCCUUAGAGCCUGGAGCAUCGACAUCCUUAGAGCCUGGAGGCGGGUCCAGCUCAAGCGGCAGUGAAGAUGGACAGCCAUGUUGCAGUCAGGACCUUCAGAAGGAGUCUGAAAUGGUGGAAAACAAAGAGUCCAAUGAUUCUGAGAGCGAAAGUGAAGAGCAUCCAAAUGAGAACUGUUUCCUGCGCAACUCCGGCAUCAUGUCUCACAAGUACAGUUUGGAACUCAAUAUAUCCACCGAUGUCAAUCUUCAGGAGUCGGAGGACAAUGAGGCACUUCUGAACACUGUGAGGGACUUGCACCGACUCAUCACCACUAAACACCUGCCCAGCGUGCAGUCGUGGAUUCAGGUGUUCACGAGGGCUGGAGGAGAGGAGCCGCUUCUGAAGCGGUCCUUGGACCUGAAGAACUCUCUGGAAGCGGCGCUGGAGAAGCACACGACGCUUCACAUCAGCCACAGGGACCGGCAGCGGAGGGUGGUGAGAGCAGAGGACAGCGAUGAAGACUUUGAGGAGGUUCCGGAGAAGGAGGGAUUUGAGCCGCACAUCCUGGAUGACCUGCGUGAGGAGUACGGUCUGGAGCCACUGGUGUCCACCUCAGUGUCGGCCGUGACACAAAAGCCUCCGAGACAACUGGCUACUAAACGUGUCCCUGUGGCCUCCUCACGUACCUCGCGUGCGAAGAGGAAGGCCGAUGAGGAAGAACAGGACCCUACCAGUGCUGCUGCCACCCUGCGUAUCCUCAAGCAGAGUCUCCCACCCACUGUGACUGACAGUUGUGUUGCAUCCGGCAGCAGUAGCAGUGUGACGCCCACAGAGGUCGGAGAAGAAAAGAACGCCCCUGUGGUGCCGUUUGGUAUCGACCUCUACUACUGGGGCAAGGAGCAGCCCACUGCUGGGAAGAUCAUCAAGUACUCCUCCACGCAUCAGUUCUGGGUGCCCAACGAGAUGGAGGAAGAGGUGGUGAACGAAGAGCUUUCCGCUCAGAUGAAGUCCCGCUGCAUCACCUUCGCCGGUCGCUUCCAACCCGUGCAGCACAAGUGCAGAGCGCCUCUGCCUAACGGUGCUCUGUGUGAACGUCAGGAUCGCUUGAAAUGUCCUUUCCAUGGGAAGAUUAUCCCACGGGAUGAUUUAGGGAGGCCAGCGAAGCGAGAGGACGCAGAACGUCUGGAGAAGGAGAGGAUGAAGCGCCAAGAAGAGCAGCCUGAUUGGCGAGAUCCCGAGCUGAUGAGAGAGAUCGAGGCGGCGACCGGAGAAGACCUUGGCUCAUCUAAGACGUUUGGCAAGGGGAAGAAGAAGGGCUCAAAAGGGAAAGGGAAGAAGAAGAAGAAAUACCCGAGCCUGACGGACCUGAAGCAGAGUGCCAACACCUCACGCGCCAGGCUGGAAAAGAAAGUUUUUAACAAGAGCUCCAUGCGGCGGGUCACGGACGUCAUGAAUAAAAUGGACACGAGGAAACAUGACAAGUUCUCCAACCAGUUCAACUACGCACUCAAAUAAAACAACAUAGACAGGAUUCAACUACGCGCUCAAAUAGAACAACAUGGAGGCACAGCAGCCUUGACACUGCCAACACCGCUCCACAUCAAUUCAACUACGCACUCAAAUAAAACAACAUGGACAGGCUGACCAAUUCAACUACGCACUCAAAUAAAACAACAUGGAGGCUCAGCAGCCUUCACACUGCCAACACCGCUUCAAAUCUAGGAAGUACAAGAAAUAUUGACACAAUUUCAAAAAAAUCUUGUACAUAUAGAGAUAAGGAGCACUUUUAAAAAAAAACUUUUUUGUGAGAAAUAUUUCAGUGAUUAAUUACAUAUGACAUGGCUAAUGAAAUGUGAUAAUGUUUUACACAUGUUGUACAUCAUUUUUUUUGUUAUAUUGUAAUAUUGUUCAUUUUGUAUGUUUGGUUUGAUUGUUUUUAUGUGUGUCUCAUGUAUUUAUGUGUGUCUCAUGUAUUGUAAUUACUGCAGAAAAUGAAACGGUAGUCAUCUUCCAAAACUGACCAUGUAUAUGAUAUAUAUGAUAUAUGAUAUACGACAUGUAUAUAAUGUUUUGAUCAUCUCUAAAUCCUUCUCCUAAAAUGAUUGAAUAAGUUGAAUUAUA